UCUUUGUAACUGUCAAUGCUUUAAUAUUUCCACUUGAUUGAUUGACUAAUUAAAUGAGUUGUAGUAUUUACUUUGGUUGUCACUGGAUUAUAUGGAUCACAUUUGCCACAGUUAUCUUUUGAAGCUAGAAAUAGUUAGUAGCACAUCCAAAUGGCCGUCGGCAAGCGCGCUACGAAGAAAUCUUUCAAGAUUUAUCUUUUCGAGUUUAUAAGAGCUUUUGUGAAUUUUGGCUGUGUGGUCUUCGCAUGUCGUAGCUUCACUAAAUCUCAACUCAUUUAUAAGCUUUACGCCGGCUAUUGGAUCAUUCACAUUACAUGUGUCCUACUUUACUCACUACACUAUGAGCUACACCUACACUCCGACAUGGGUGGACUCAUGUUCAACUUACUCUUCAUAGCCCAAAUGGUUACACAUAUUUCGAUUCUACUCGAAUCGUUCUUUAUGGACUCCAAACGGGCGGAAACAACAAAGAUUUACAAGGAGUUUGAAAAGCGUUUCAAUAAAGAAUUUGGUCGUUUGCACGCCUAUAGCAAUUUCAGUAGUGAGAGUUGCCUUUCAUCAAUACUCAGUGUGCUUAUUGUAAUGGUUAAUGUUUCGUUUAAAAUAUACUCGUUGUAUGUAUAUCAGUUGACAUUGAAGAAUACCUUACUUGUUUGGCAUACAUUACCGAAUGCUUUGGCGGUGCAAUUUCGCAUUUUAGAACUUAUAUUAUCCACAACGGUGCUGAAUGAAUAUGCUAUUAUAUUGUGUCGCAAACUUAAUGAAAUGGGUGAACGAAAUAUACGUCGUGUCUUUGGCCACUAUUUACGCGGCUUGCCAGUGUCCAAGGGGUGUAUUAUACGUGUUAUGUCACCCACAUUGCAGCCCAGCGAAGAAGCGGAUGAGCAGAAGUUGCGCGUGUAUAAAAAGUUUUAUGGCGAUAUUUAUAAUAUGUUUAAGAUAAUCAAUGAGAGUCAUGGUUGGUCCUUGUUGGCGUUUAUGAUAAUGUAUUUCAUAUACUUUACUAUAAACUCCUAUUGGGUAAUAUUUUCGUUAAUUGCGCGAUUGAGCGAGCAUGUCACGCUCAUUAGAAAUCUGGGGUUUCUGGUGGUUGUGGUGACAUUGCUCUGGAUCUUGUGUUGGCAAAGUCAAAACAGUCAGGAACAGGUGAGUGCGGCGAUGGUAGGAGAGUUCGUGGGUUCUAUCUAUUUUAGUUGUAAAAGAACAACGACGUUAAUAUUAUAUAUAACAAGUCGCCAAAUUGGUUGUAUUAUGUUCAAACUCGUCAAACCACUGGGCAAUAAGUGCUAUAAUGAUUUGGUUACUGAUUUUUCUUUGCAAACUUUGCAUCAACAGUAUAUAAUUACCGCAAAAGAAUUCUUCAAUUUGAAUCUAACUCUUUUGGGCAGUAUGGUUGCGUCCAUCGUCACUUAUCUGGUUAUACUCAUACAGUUUAUGUUCGCCGAGAAAAAUAAAGCGGAUCGGAAUGAAAUACUGAGCAGCAUAGUGAAUAAUGAGAAUUCCACGGCAAGCGUGAGCAACUGAAACGAUUUCAUAGAAAUAUUAAUUUGUACGUACAUUUCAUCA